GGCCGCUCGGGCAGGAUGGCGGCGGCGUCGGGCGCGGGCCCCGGCGCGGGCUCGGGGGGCCCGGGCGCGGCGGGCGGCGGCGGCGGCGGCGGGGCGCGCGAGGGCGCGCGCGUGGCGGCGCUGUGCUUGCUGUGGUACGCGCUGAGCGCGGGCGGCAACGUGGUCAACAAGGUGAUCCUGAGCGCUUUCCCGUUCCCGGUGACCGUGUCGCUGUGCCACAUCCUGGCGCUGUGCGCGGGGCUGCCGCCGCUGCUGCGCGCCUGGCGCGUGCCUCCCGCGCCGCCCGUCUCGGGCCCCGGGCCCGGGCCGCAGCUGCCGCCGCGAUUCUACCCGCGCUACGUGCUGCCGCUGGCCUUCGGCAAGUACUUCGCGUCGGUGUCGGCGCACGUCAGCAUCUGGAAGGUGCCCGUGUCCUACGCGCACACAGUCAAGGCCACCAUGCCCAUCUGGGUGGUCCUGCUGUCGCGGGUCAUCAUGAAGGAGAAGCAGAGCACCAAGGUGUACUUGUCACUCAUCCCCAUCAUCAGUGGCGUCCUGCUGGCCACCGUCACCGAGCUGUCCUUUGACGUGUGGGGGCUCGUCAGCGCCCUCGCCGCCACGCUCUGCUUCUCGCUUCAGAACAUCUUCUCCAAAAAGGUGCUGAGGGAUUCGCGGAUCCACCACCUGCGCCUGUUGAACAUCCUGGGCUGCCACGCGGUCUUCUUCAUGAUCCCCACCUGGGUCCUGGUGGACCUCUCUGCUUUCCUGGUCAGCAGCGACCUGGCCUCCGUGUCGCAGUGGCCCUGGACGCUGCUGCUGCUGGCCGUGAGCGGCUUCUGCAACUUCGCCCAGAACGUGAUCGCCUUCAGCAUCCUCAACCUGGUCAGCCCCCUCAGCUACUCGGUGGCCAACGCCACCAAGAGGAUCAUGGUCAUCAGCGUGUCCCUGCUCAUGCUGCGCAACCCGGUCACCAGCACCAACGUCCUGGGCAUGAUGACGGCCAUCCUGGGCGUCUUCCUGUACAACAAGACCAAGUACGACGCGAACCAGCAGGCCCGGAAGCACCUGCUGCCGGUCAGCGCAGCGGACCUGGGCGGCAAGGAGCGGCACCGCGGCCCGGCCGAGAAGCCGCACAACGGCCUGGUCUUCCCGCAACACCUGCAGUACGGCCGCCAGGGCCACGCCAGCGCCUACGCCGUGAACCGCUACGACGUGUAGGGCGCGGCGGCCCUGGCCGCACCGGGACCCGGAUCCGGACUGACCGCCAGGCGGCGCCGCCCUCUCCCGUCCUGCGCUGCGGAUGCGCCCCGGCCUGCAGGCCCCGGAGCCGCCGGCAGGAGGCGCGCUGGCGGGGCAGGGCGGGGCGGAGCCACAGGUGAGCCGCUGACGUCAUGAGGUGCGGCAGGUGCCCACCCUGAGCUCCCGCAGUGCGUGCCAGCGUGGCAGGUGCGGAGGGAAGGGACCCUCAUCUGCUCCCUCGGCGCGGCUUGGCCCCAUUUCCACCGCCCCGGGGUGGGCAGCGGGCUCCCGGCAGCCUCCACGCUCGGCCUGUGGUCCGCGUCCCCUCGCCGUCUCUGGGUGUCUGGCGCGUCCGCGAUGAGCCGGGGGACGCUGGCCUUGCACGUUUCCGGGACAGUUCUGUGGCCCUGCGGUUCCUGCCUGGGGCCGCGCGAGGCCCGGAUGAUGGCUCAGAAAUGGUUCUGCGUUCGCUGCGGUUUGAGGAGAGAAGCGGGCGAGUGUGGAGACGCCGGUCUCUGGGUGACCGUGCUCUCUGCCGAGGCAGCCCGCUAGGGCCCCGACCGCUCUGCUGCCGGGGGAAGAGCCGAGCCGGGCUGGCUCGGCGCAGAUCCUCGGACCGAGAAGCAGCUUGGGCCGGUGCAGAAUCACAUCAGGACCGUCAACGCGAGGGGGCUUCAAAAAGUCGGCGGGAAAUGCGUAUUCUCUCUUUUUUUAAAUCCCAUUUCUCCGCCAACUUGUUGAAGCCGCCUGGUGGGACCCCCGGCGUGCGGAGCCCCAGCUGUUCGGUGCCCUCACUCACAGGGAACCCUGUCUGUGGGGUCCCCGCCUCUCGCUGGACACCUGGGACGGGUGCUCCCCGGUUCAGAAAGGACGUGACGUCAUCGUCUGCCUCACCCCUGGGUUCUGGUUUUGAUUUUGUAGCCGGCGGCCUCUUGAUCAUUGGGACUUUGUAAGAGGCGUCGUGGGCUCUCCUGCGGGUGCCCGGGCAGGGCCCGCGCCGGGAGGCAGCCAUGGUCAAGGGUGGCGUCGGCGGGGAGAGCCUGCCCCGGCCGGAUCUCCCUGCUGGAGAAGCCCGCACGGCGCCCGAGGCCAGACGCUCGCUCGUCCUCUGGCGGUGGCGGGGCGGCCAAGCCCCGAACUUGCCAUCGACCCCCACGAUGAGCCGCGCACCUGUUCAGGCUCGUGAGGCUCCCGACCUUGGCGAAGCGGGAGGUGCCCUGUGUCCGGUGUUGCACUGGUUUCUGGGUGAAGGCUCGGGCUGUUGGACUCUGUGACACAUUCGCAGCAGGUGCACACCAGGGAGCGGGCACGGCCACCACAGGGGACCGAGUCCGUGAGGCGGCCCCCGGGGCGCACCCUCCUCAGUGCUGGGGGUCUGCCCACCCCCGGGGCGGUCGCUCAGAUGCAGCUCCUCCGUUUGACGGGGGAAACUGAGGCCCGCUGCUCACUGUCGCGAGGCCUGGCGUUUUUAAGCACCUUAUUUGAAGUCUUACUCGUCGUGUGGGCAAAAUCCAGCCCAGGCAAGCAGGCCGGCCGGGGGUGGCCGGGUGAGCGGGACCUGGCUGGCUGCCACCCUGCCGCCGGCCCCGCGUCCCGGCCAGGACACUGCAGGGCUGACAGCCAUGAGCACAGAGAACAUUAAAUUAUUAAAGGACCUGGAACUUGGUA